GUCUUUAUACGCUACUGUAUGUUCUCUCUCUCUCUUCGAAGAACUUUUUUGAAUCUUUUAAAAGUUUCAACCUUUUUCUUUUUUUUUUGAUGUUUCCAUGAGCUCUUUUUGUGGUUUCCUACUUCCCGAGCUUAUCUCUCUACACGAGUAACCCAUUUACUUUAAACUUUAAAGCUCAUCUCUUUCCUUUUUUUUUUCUUCACUCUCUUUUCUCCACUCUACGCACCGAACCUGAGGGAGUGCUUGUCGGUGCACGGUGAUGCUCUAACGAAGUUUUUCACCGACAAAUACUGCGAUUAGUUAGGUUUCUUUUUCUGGAUCCAGUUUGAGGAUAUGUACUAGACUGCUAGUUGUUGGAUAAAGUUAGGGUUUUUGUGUUUUAGGAAGAGGGGAAGGCGAUUGAAUUAGCUACCGAGCCACUUGUAAUGUGUAGGGAUCUAAAAAACAGAUCAAAGCAACGGCCAAUAAGCUCGUCUGCUUGAGUUAUACCAGUUUCUCCAGAAUUGAUCUGAGCUUAGGGGUGAGGUAGGGUUUAGGGUUCUUUUAGCUAGUAAUGGAGGAUAUAGGGUUGGUUAAGCAAGGUUGGAAGUGGUUGCAGUCUCAGAAACAUCUCUGCUCGUGUGUUUGUGCUGCAAUGCAAUGUUUUGUGGGAAAGACGGAAGCUUUCGCUGUGCGUCACUGGCCGCUAGUGUGCAGCGGAUGCGGGAAGCUGUUAGGGUUGCUUAGUUUGUCGUUUCUUUACUGGAAAGACUGCGUUUUGAGGGGUUUCCAGUCCAGUGCCAAGUUUGGCUCAGCUGCUUUGCUCCUCAUCAUGUGGAGUUGCUUUCUCAGCCUGACCUCAGUUUCUUGCUUGGUCUACGUUCUCCUCGGUAUGGGAGCUGCUGGUGCUGUUGUUGUGUACUUAGGUUGCACUCCGGGGAUCUUCAUUGUAGGACUGUUUGGGAUUUUGAUUAUGUGGAUGUACGCUAACUUUUGGAUCACCGGAACAUUAUUUAUAGUUGCAGGUUAUUUGUUCUCCUUGAAUCACGCACGAGUGGUGGUUCUUAUUGCGACGGUUUACGCAAUUUACUCUGUCAACGUCAGACUUGGAUGGCCUGGAGUUAUUCUCUCGAUGAAUCUUGCGUUCUUGUCCAACGAUGUGUUUAUACGUCUUCUUCAGUGGUGCGAUAGUGUUAGCGAGAAAGCACAACCGGAGGAGCCGAAGAAGCGUGAGACUGUGCUAGAGGAAGAGUUUACAGGAGAGUUCGAGUACCCUCCUUCUGCUGCUCCUCCUCCUGUUGAAGAAGAACCAGAGAAGAAGAAGAAGGUUCACGAGAAUAAGUCAGCCAAUAAGCCGGCAUCUCCGGCAACUGUUGUUAGUAACUUGAAGAAGGAGGUUUCUAGUGUUAAAGUAGUGAACGUGGAAACGGAUUCAGCUGAUGAGAUGAAAAGGAUACUGGAUUGUUUGAAUCACUACGAAGCGUUGGGGUUCCCUCGGCAUAAAAAGAUUGAUGCUGCGGUGCUUAAGAAAGAGUAUAGAAAGAAGGCAAUGCUGGUUCAUCCGGAUAAGAAUAGGGGAAGUCCUUUGGCAAGUGAAUCAUUCAAGAAACUUCAGUGUGCUUAUGAGGUUCUAUCUGAUGCUGUUAAGAGGAGAGAUUACGAUGAACAGUUAAAGAAAGAAGAAUCUAGGACCAGGGUUGUCUGUCAGACAUCACAUGCUUCUUCGCAUCAGAAUGGUCCAGAUUAUCGAUCAGAAGAGUCAAGGCGCAUACAUUGUACUAAGUGCGGUAAUUCACACAUUUGGGUAUGUACCAACAGGACUAAAGCAAAGGCCAGAUGGUGUCAGGAUUGUGGUCAAUAUCACCAAGCCAAAGAUGGUGACGGAUGGGUUGAACACAAAGGGACUCUGGUAUUCGAGAAAGCACAUAAGAUUGAAAUACCACGAGCUUUUGUUUGUGCCGAGAGCAAGAUCUUUGAUGUCUCAGAAUGGGCUAUAUGUCAGGGAAUGGCGUGUAGACCAAAUACACAUAGACCAAGUUUCCAUGUGAACAUGGUUGGUUUGGAAAAGACAACGCAGAGGUCAAACUCGAGCAGGUUCCCGUGGGAUCUUGAUGUGGAGAUGAUGGACGAGGAUGAGGAAGAGUUUGAGCUAUGGCUUCAGCAAGCUAUGGCUUCUGGCCUCUUCUGUGAGACGUCAAAACGCAGAAAAAGCUGGAGUCCUUUCAAGCUAACCAAGAAACAAUCGCGAAGAACAUCAACUUGAGGGAAUACCACAUCAACUACAAAUGGGCAAGAUCCACAAUAAUGGAUCAAUGGCGUUCUGUGACUUGUUUCAGUUCGUUCGGACAGUGGAAAAUGAGUGAAGAUGAACAAAAGAGCCUAAAAAGGAAGAACAUUUUAAGGUUCUAAUGAAGAAGAUUGAAACAUGGGGAGCUUAGAAACGAACAUUUUUGGAUCCCUUGUGACGUUGUCUGUAAAUAGAAUCUGUGGGGUAUGUGUACUACUAUCGAGUUAUGUUUUUUGUUUUUUUUUUCACGAGAAAGCUACAGAGAAGACCGGUUAACGAUAAACCUGAACUUUUUUUUA